AUGGAUCGUGCCGCGGGUUCUGUUGCACAUCCACCAUAUUUCGAUGGCAACAACUAUGGUGCUUGGAAGGCCAAAAUGAAGUCGUUUCUUUGGUCCCUAGAUGAACGUGUAUGGUACACAGUGGUUCAUGGAUUUCCUGAACCCACAAAGAAGAUCGGAAAAGGAGAUGAAGAAACCACAGUUCUCAAAUCUAGAGAGGAGUGGACCACUGCAGAAGUCACACACAGUACUAAUAAUCAAAAAGGGUUAAAUGCUAUAUUUACUGCUGUAUCUUCUGAUCAAUUUGAAUAUAUAUCUAGUUGUGAUACUUCUAAGGAAGCUUGGGAUAUUUUGCAGGUCACUCAUGAAGGAACAGAUACUGUCAAGGGUGCCAAGCUUCAAAUGCACACUCUACAAUUCGAGACAAUUCUGAUGGAUGAGAAUGAAACCUUUUCUGAAUUUUAUGCCAAACUUUGCGUUAUUGUGAAUGCAUGUUCAAAUUUAGGUGAAAAAAUUCCAGAAGAUAGGGUGGUGAAAAAGAUUUUACGGUCCUUGCCUCCACGUUUUUCACCAAAGAUCACAGCCAUUGAAGAGAUUCGUGACCUGAACACUCUGAAAGUUCGUGAACUUAUAGGGUCGCUUCAAACCUACGAGAUGAAGCAUCUAGCUCCUAAGAAAAAUAAAAGCGUUGCUCUUAAAGUAGUUGAUAAUGAAGAUGGUGAACACCAAUCUGAAGAAUUCAAUGGGGAGGAAUUUGCUUAUCUUUCACGACAAUUCAAGAAGUUUUUCAAAUAUCAAAAUUCGAGAAGUCAUGAUUCAAAAAAUCACUCAGGUAUAAAUCCAAAAAUUAAGCAUGGUGAUUACACUGAUGGUAAUUUAAAAUCUCGCAGGUUUACUGAGAAGAAGACCACUAAAGACAGAGUCAAGUGCUAUGAAUGCGAAGGAUAUGGACAUAUUUCCACUGAAUGUGCCAACACACAAAAGAAGCAAAAUGGCAAAGCCAAAGCACUGAAUGUAACCUGGAGUGACAGCGAUUCAGAAUCUGAAAGUGAAGAAAAUACCAUUGCGUUAAUCACCACUGUUAGUUUGGAUAAGGCACAGCAAAACAAUGGGAAUGAUGAAGAACCAAAUAUUGGUUAUGUGCUGGAAAAAUAUGACGAUCUUCUAGCUGCCUCUCAGAAACUGAAUCAACACAACAAAGAGCUUGCCAAAAAGGUUGCUGUGCUGGAGCUUGAAAACAGUAGGAUUGCCAGGACAUUACAAUCCUCUACUGCUGAACCAGAAACAAUUGGUGAAGGUAUGUGUGAAGGUAUGUACGAAAAAUUGGAAUUCUUACAGAAAAAAUGCUUUGAUCAAAAUAAAUUAAUUGAUUCUUUGACCUCUAACAACCAAGCUCUUGAAAUUGAGCUUAAAAGUUCAAGGGAAAGGAUUAUUGCUUUGACAAUUGGUGCAGAAAAGGUUGACAAAAUGAUUAGCAUGGGUCGAAGAGAUGGAGACAAACGUGGCUUAGGUUUUGAUUCACUCAACAAGUCUUCCGCCGUAUCUGUUACAAAGUUUGUCAAACCAUCACUUUCUACUGGUAUUCCAACUCAUCAAACAACUUGGAGAUUUACACCCACGUGUCAUUAUUGUGGAGCUCGUGGACACAUUCGACCAAAAUGCAAACUGUUUCAACAGAUUUUUGUAAGUCAAAAGUCCACCAAGGAGGGACAGGUAAGAAUUCGAAACAAGAUUGCAUAUCUUGUAAAAGAGGUAAGUAGGCUGUCAAAACUCUCUCAUUCCCUAUCCUUACCAAGUUCAAAUCUAGUGUGGAGAAGAAAGGAUAAUCAAAAUUGCUUGCUGGCAAUUUCAAGUGAUUCACAUCAAACUAAUCCUCCUGAAAUAUUAGAUGUGAAAUGUUUUGUUGCUCUUACUGCUCUUUCUGACUCUAAAUCUAAAUCUUGGUAUUUUGAUAGUGGAUGUUCGAGACACAUGACUGGUGAAAAAUCAUAUUUUUCAGAAAUCUCUCCAGAAUGCGUGAGUGGAAUGGUUACUUUUGGAGAUGGAAGAAAAUCCAAGAUUUUGGGGAAAGGAAAGAUUAUGGCAACUGGUACACCUAGCUUGGACAAUGUUUUAUUAGUUGAAAAUCUUCAAGCAAACCUCAUCAGUGUAAGUCAACUUUGUGAUGAAAUAGGUGAGGUAAGUUUUACUAAAACCCAAUGUAUUGUUAAGAAUAAAGAUGGAUUAAAUGUGAUGAUUGGAAACAGAUCACCUGACAAUUGUUAUUGUUUUUCCACUAAUGAAGUUUCUCAAGUGUGUUUUAGGACAAGUAAAGAUCAUCUUGAUUUAUGGCAUCAACGUUUGGGACACAUGAACUAUCAAGACCUAAUUAAAUUGUCAAAUGGUGAAUCUGUAAGAGGAUUGCCCAAUCUUUCAGGUAAACGUGAGGGUGUUUGUGAAGGUUGCCAACUGGGAAAGCAAACCAAAAACCCUCACAAAGCUACAAACUCAAUCUCCACCUCUAAAACUUUGGAACUGAUGCAUAUGGAUUUGGUUGGUCCAAUUCAAGUUGCUAGCUUAGGAGGAAAGAAAUACAUUCUUGUCUUAGUAGAUGAUUUCUCACGUUUUACUUGGGUCAUUUUUUUGCAUGAUAAGACAGAAGCCUUUAAUUCCUUCUAUGUUUUGUACAAGCUAAUCAUGAAUGAAAAAUAUGACACUAAUUCUUGUAUCAUGAGACUUAGGACAGACCACGGGAUGGAAUUUGAAAAUCGUGCCUUCUCUGAUUUCUGUUCUGAACAAGGAAUAAAACAUGAAUUCUCUGCUCCAAUCACUCCCCAACAAAAUGGGGUAGUUGAAAGGAAAAAUAGAGUCCUCCUUGACAUGGCUCGUGUCUUGUUAAAAAGUGCCAAAUUGGCGGAUCAUUUUUGGGCUGAAGCCAUCAGUACUGCAUGCUAUACAUCUAACCGUGUGUUUUUCAGGCCACAUACCAAGAGCACUCCAUAUGAAAUCUGGAAAGGGAAAAAGCCAAAUGUCAAGCACUUAAGGAUUUUUGGUAGUAAAUGCUACAUUUACAAAGACAGGGAGUAUCUUGGAAAAUUUGAUGCAAGAAGUGAUGUUGGAAUAUUUCUUGGUUAUUCUACGAAUAGUCGAGCAUAUAGGGUGUUUAAUAGUCGCACUAAAAUAAUCAUGGAAUCAGCUAAUGUGGUUGUAAAUGACACGUCUAUAUUGCAGGUUGAACCUAGAAGUGAAGAUACAGAUGUGGAAACUCACGAAUCUGCAGAUGGUACUGAAGCUGACUUCGAGGAUUGUAACCAGCCUAUCAAUCCUGUGAUACGCAGACCUGGUGCAAAACAAGUUCAGAAAGAUCACUCACCUUCAGAUGUUAUUGGGAAUGUUUAUGAUAAAUUGAGAACUCGACAACAAGUCUGUAAUGAGGUAACCAAUUUAUGUUAUGUAUCUCUUAUUGAACCUAAGACUGUGACAGAUGCUCUUGCAGAUGACGACUGGAUUCUGGCUAUGCAAGAUGAAUUAAACCAAUUCGAAAGAAAUGAUGUGUGGUAUCUUGUUCCACGUCCCAAAGACUCAAAUGUAAUUGGUACCAAGUGGAUCUUUCGAAAUAAGACAGAUGAGAAAGGACAAAUUAUGCGCAACAAAGCUAGACUUGUUGCCCAAGGUUAUUCUCAAAUUGAAGGUUUGGAUUUUGAUGAGACUUUUGCUCCGGUUGCACGUUUAGAAUCUGUUCGAUUGUUGCUAUCCAUUGCAUGUUAUCUUCAGUUCAAGCUUUAUCAGAUGGAUGUGAAGAGUGCGUUCCUAAACGGAGUUUUACAAGAGGAAGUCUAUGUGGAACAACCUGCAGGUUUUCAAGAUCCUAUCCAUCCCAAUCAUGUAUAUCGUUUGAAAAAGGCUCUCUAUGGACUCAAACAAGCCCCGAGAGCAUGGUAUGAUAGAUUGUCCACACAUCUUCUUCAAAAAGGAUACACUCGUGGUAGCAUUGAUAAGACCCUCUUUGUCAAAAGAACCAAACAAGAUUUAAUGGUUGCUCAAGUAUAUGUGGAUGAUAUUGUUUUUGGAUCUACUUCAGACAUCCUUGUCAAAGAAUUUCAUGAGGUUCAACAAUUCAAUGGAGGCAUGUUCAUAUCUCAAACAAAGUAUGCCAAAAAUUUGGUGUCCAAAUUUGGUCUAGAAUCUGCCAAGCCCAUUCGAAAUCCUAUGAGCACAAGCACCAAACUUUCCAAGGAUUUACAUGGCAAAAGUGUAGACCAGAAAUUAUAUAGAAGCAUGAUUGGCAGCUUGUUAUAUUUGACUGCCAGUAGACCUGACAUCUCCUUCAGUGUUGGACUUUGUGCUCGCUUCCAAUCCGAUCCCAAAGAAUCACAUCUACUUGCUGUGAAAAGAAUUCUCCGCUAUGUGAGUGGUACCACAAACUUUGGUGUAUACUACUCAUUUGACUCAAAUGUUGAACUUGCAGGCUAUUCCGAUGCGGAUUGGGCUGGGAGCAUUGAUGAUAGAAAAAGCACAACUGGCGGAUGUUUUUACAUAGGCAACAACCUUGUCUCUUGGUUUAGCAAGAAGCAAAAUUGUGUCUCUCUCUCCACGGCCGAGGCCGAGUACAUCGCUGCUGGGAGUUGCUGCACACAGUUGUUAUGGAUGAAACAAAUGCUCAAUGACUACGGCAUUCGGCAAGUGGAAGAGAAUGUGCUCUCCCUUGAAUUUGUUUCUACUGCAAAACAAUUAGCUGAUAUUUUCACAAAACCUCUAGACAAUCUACGGUUUGAAACCCUUAGACAGUCAUUAGCUCGUGCAAGGAUUGUUAGGCUGCAUCAAUCCUGUAGUUGUCUGAACGUAUUAGCUGAUCUUAGAUUGGACUUUGGUGUUGACCACUCAUUGCUCAGUAAACCGGGCCUCUUGUCUAACCAACGUCGAAGGUUCGAGUAUUUCCCCAGGGGUGCUUUAUCACCCAGUUGCUUCCAGUCAUCUGACGUGAGCAUACUGAUUGACCAUCCGUUACAUGGAUCAUGUCGAAAGCUAUGUGCUACUCGGUAUACAGAUGUAAUCUGUCAUCGUCCUCUGUUAAUCGAAGAGGAUUUCGACCUCUCUAGUUUUGGCCCCACUUUUGUUGAUUUUCUCACUCGGCAUCGUCUCUUGCCAUUAGUUCGUGGGUUGCCUCUACCGAAUUUUCAGAUCGUUCGGGAGUUUUAUGCAAAUUUUCCUGAUGUGUCUGCUGCCUCUGUUGCACUGUCUGGUUUGGUUGUGCGUGUGCGUGGGGUUGCGAUUCCACUCAGUUUCCACUUUAUUUCGGCUGCUCUGGGUCUGCCUCCUAUUCGCUCUGGAAGUUCGUGUGAGCCAGUUCCUGAUUUUCUUCCGCGUCGUCAGCUGGUGAAUCGCCUCUAUGUGUCUCCACCGGAGGUGCUCCCCACUGAACUCUCCUCUGGUAUGAUGUCUCAGUGGACCCGUACUCUGUAUAUGCUUGUGCGAAACUAUCUGAAUCCAACUUCUCAACAUGGGAAAGUGAGUUGGAAAGCUGCUCAUAUUCUCUUCCAGUUAGUGAUUGAGCAAUCUGUCAGUGUUGAGUUCUAUGUUCGUGAAAGCCUUAUUGUCGCUGGUGCUGCCAAUGCCACAGUUCCGACGUCCAGUCUUGUUCUUCCUCGGAUUAUCACUGCCUUGGCCGCUCAUGCUCGUGUGCCUGCCCUACCUACAGAUGAUAUUGGCUCAUCCGACUCCCUCAAAGUCAACAACCAAGUCACUUUACACCGCAGCGAUGCUCACUGUACUUCUGGUGGUUUCUCCAUCGAGCAACAGGCACUUUUGGAUUCACUCUCUGCCUCCCAUCAGGUGACGCAUGCACUUCUUCGUCGCAUCUGGAAUCGUCUUGACACCUAUAGUGAGCUGUUGCUAUCUGUUGCUGGGCACAUUCAACCUACUGCUCCUCCCCGUUCUCCUCGGGCUCGCAGCAUCUAA